CUACCCCCGGCCCAGGAACAGAACCCCCAGUUCAUAUAAUCAUCUCUGUCCAUGCAGGGCACCUUCUUCCUCUUUCCUACCAGCGCCAGAGCAUCUCCCCAUGCCUAUUUACUGAUUCCUUUUCUUUUUCACUCUACAAUAUACUAUUCCAGAAAAGAUUUCUUUUUUUUUUCCCUUCUGAUUUGGUUUCUCCCAGAAAAGAUGAAAGCUUUCAUGCUGGGUGGUGGGAAAUGGAGCCUCCCAAGUGUUUCGGAUCUGGAGAUACCCGGGUCAAGAUUUCCCGGUGGGAAAGUAAACGCCGGAGAUGGCUGCGGGUUUCCGGCGUUUCUCCCCAGAGAGGUUCGUGACAUUAAAGACCCAUCUGCUCGGAGUUUGGCUCGGAGAAUCCAAAGGCUUCCAGUUCCGAGUACCAAGUUUGGGACAUCAGAGAGCUCUAUAAUGAGCAGUUGUGUAAAGCCUGUUGUAAGGAGUGAGAAGGGGCCGGUUGUCCUUCUUCACGGUUUUGACAGCUCAUGCUUGGAGUGGAGGUACACAUAUCCCCUACUUGAGGAUGCUGGCCUUGAGGCUUGGGCUAUAGAUAUUCUUGGAUGGGGAUUCUCUGAUUUAGAAAGAUGCCCACCCUGUGAUGCUGCAUCUAAAAGACACCACCUUUACCAGCUAUGGAAGUCUUAUAUUAAAAGGCCUAUGAUUUUAGUGGGACCAAGCCUCGGUGCAGCAGUUGCUAUCGACUUUGCAGUGCAUUAUCCAGAAGCAGUUCAUAAACUGGUUCUGAUAAAUGCAAGCGUUUAUGGGAAAGGUACUGAGCGCAUGAGAAAGCUGCCUAGAAUGGUGGCCUAUGGAGGGGUCUUUUUACUGAAGAGCAUCCCGUUGCGGACCUACGCUAUGUUACAGUGUUUUGAGGGCUUAUCUCUAGCCACUACCUUGGAUUGGACCAAGGUGGCACGGCUGCAUUGCCUCUUACCUUGGUGGGAAGAUUGCACGGUUAGUUUUAUGCUGAAUGGCGGGUAUAACGUCGUUGAUCAAAUUAAAAAGGUGAACAAAAGAACGUUAGUCAUUAUGGGCAUGCGCGAUAAGUUAAUCAGCAAUGAACUUGCAAUGAGAUUGUGCAGAGAGCUUCCAAAUGCCAUAAGCCAUCAGAUUCCAAAUGGUGGACAUAUCCCUCAUGUUGAGGAACCGCAUGUCGCCGCAAAGUUGAUUGUUGAUUUCGCUCGAGAUGGUUGCCCUUCAGAGGAGGGAGGGAGUUCAGUGUGUGAGCUAAAUAUAUGAUGGUGGUGGUGGUGAUCCAUGGUGAAACACUGCAUAUCAUUUUGAGCCAUUGAGAGGGAAUGUUGUGUUCUUCCUCUGUCUCUCUCAUCCAAAUCUGAACAUGAAUAGCACAUUUCAUUGUCUGUGUGGUGUUUUCACUUCU